AUGUCUUACGGCAGCAGAGCUCUGCAUUCUUCUUCGGAGUGCUAUCAUGAUCUCCUAUCGGCCUUCAUACGGCAGACACGCCCACAUACACGGACUCGACUGCGGGAUUCUUCUCAACAAAGAGAAUUUCAUGACUACUUCGUCACUCAUUUGCCUUCCUCCUCAUUGCAUCCAGACUCUCGCUCCUUGACAGGGUUGGCACACAAGUUCCCCAGGCAAGAGUCGACCCCUCAUACCCCAGAUGGAGGAAGGAUUGCGCCAGCUGCACACCCAUCUGUUUUAAGGGACACUACGGUUGUCCGUAUACCACUCAAAAGUGCCAAACAUCAUUAUGGGGCGUCCGUCUCUCGAGGAAGUAGACCAUACAAUGAAGACUCCCACCAGGCCGGCGUUAUAGAACUUCCCGCCUUUGCCAAAAGGCCCCCGAGGUCCAUUACGGCAAGAUCAAGACCUGGAGAGGGGACAUCUGCAGAAGGCGCAUCUGGGGAUCCUCAGGUUUUUUAUUUCGGUGUUUUCGAUGGGCAUGGCGGAGCAGAGUGCAGCGACUUUCUGCGGGAAAGACUGCACGAGUACAUCGAAAAAUCGGCCGAGUCCUUUGAACUGCAGUCGAGCUUGCAAAAGCCAGGCGAACGAAAGUCCAAGCCCGUCGCUGCUCCAGCAAGAUCUGUUCUCACUGCCGAGAAGGAGGAGCAGAGCAAGGGAGGUCGUGGUCCUUCCCCAACAACCGAAGGUCAAGCUCCUAAGCAGGGCGAGGGACAGUCGGCAGCGGGGAGUCCCAAAAGUCCAAGCAAAGAUCAGCAACGUCCAUAUCCUGGAGACGCACCCUUGAUCCAAAGUGCCAAUAGACAGCAGAUCAAGACCCUAGAAACAGAGCUGACGAAGAACUGGAAAGAGCUAGUUGGCGGGUACUUUCGACGUUUCAAACCAGCCUACUUUUCGAUAUUCAGCGGUUACCAGAAGCUGGGCGAGGAGUCCCAAUCUCUCCAAAUGGUCGGCCAGGGCGUCGAUACCGGGGCCGCCAUCGAGGAAGUCAUCAGCUAUGCCUUCUUGAAAGCGGACUAUGAUUUUGUGUCCGCACAAGCUGCAAAGCACUCCGAGAGUCGCGACAAUACCCGAGCCGAUCGACCCCUGAAUGAGGGUGAUAUCCUGGGUGAACCUUUUAGGUUGGCUGCGCAUAUAGGAGGCCCGAAAAGAUUCAAGGGUGGAAGUACUUGCAGCAUUGCAUUGGUAUCUACACCAUCCCCUACGCCCUUCUGGAAUGCCUCUACAACUUCGUCAUUGCUUGUGGCCCACGUCGGAGACACGAGAAUCCUACUCUGUUCUACCGAUACUGGCGCCGCUGUACCGCUGACGACAAAUCACCAUCCUUCGUCACCUAUUGAAAGCAACAGGCUUAGGAGAUAUGCUGCUACAUUCGUGACGGACUCCUUUGGAGAAGAGCGGAUAUCGGGUCUUGCCAACACGCGCGCAUUCGGCGACAUAGAAUCAAAACGUAUUGGAGUCAGUGCAGAACCAGAGAUCAAGAGAGUUGAUUUAGGACCCGCCGAAUACUCCUUCAUGGUCUUGAUGUCUGAUGGCGUCUCCGGGACCUUGGAAGACCAGGAAGUGGUUGACAUUAUAAAAGAGGCUAGGACGCCUGAGCAGGCUGCGAGAGACGUCGUCAACUUUGCUACUGAGGUCUCUACAGAAGGCGACAAUGCUACUUGUUUGGUUGUCAGGAUGGGGGGUUGGGAACGACGACAAGAGGGCGGUUAUGGCAGCCUAGGAACCAAGGAAAGUCGGGAUUGGAAGCGACAGAGUGCUUCAGACCCGCGAAGUCGACGCCAAUAA